AUGUCGCGCGAUCGACAGCGACAGCAGCAUAGUGAAUCAGAGCCUAGGACUGACCCUUCACCGCCACCCACUACGACAAGACAGAAGCUCGACAAUCAGCAACAAGACACGUCACCUACAUCCCUUUGGGACAACCUGUCACAACAGUGGCUCACCCGCCGCGCUCUUCGAGAAUUUGAUCGGAGGACUGUCCUGCUUGCUGUUCCUGUACCGCCUGACCGGACUGGCAAUGAAGACACCCACUCUGCACAGCUCAAGCGCUUCGCGAGAUACGGUGGACCGAGCCUUGAGGAUCUCAGAGCUUACCUGGGACCCAGAACCGCACCUCCCCAAAAUCGAACGAUGGUCUCACAUCAAUCGAGCUCCGGGAAACGAGCUAAGUCUGGAAGCGAACCGGAUGUCCCCUCAAAGAGGAAGAAAACGCCUGUCCAGAAUCUCCGGCAGCAGGUUUUGACCGAGAAUAUGGCGAUUUCCGAAAGAGAAUUGAAUACCGCCUCGAAUACCGCCUCGCAGAUACAGAAAACCUCUGCAUACGAUAAAAACUUCGAGCAGCAUCUUAUCGAUCAUGGUGUCUAUCCUGACGGAUAUGAUGGAGGAAGAGAUCCAGCCAAUUGGGAAGAAAUCAGCAAUCGACUGGCCCAGCCUCGAUUAUCUCUAUCAUCAUCAAGCCUCUCUCGCGAGGAAUUCCGGAUCUUUCAACAGAAGAAUCGGCUGGCUUUGAAUAAAGGUAUGGUGAUGAGUACUGUAUUUCCGACUCUCGCUGGCUCCGCUCCCAUCCCUAACGCACAGGACCUCCCAUUCACAAAUCUCAAAGCUCUAACCGAUGGGACUAUCACCAAGGCCCAGCCAGACUUCUACGAUGGAGCCCGUCCGGCGGAACUAAGCAUUCACAUCAGGGAAGAGCUAGGCGGUUACAUCGUCCCGGCAACGAACACCGCUGCACCAUGCUUAGCCAAUUUCUUCGCUGAGGGAAAAGGCACAAUAGGAGCUCUUGACACAGCCUACCGGAAAGCAUUAUAUGAAGGUGCGCUGGGUGCCCGUGGGGUACACCAGCUUCGGUCAUACAUCGGUCCGAAGACAUUGCUUGACAACAACGCGUAUACAAUCACUUCAACAUAUUCUGGUGGUCUCCUUUCGAUCUAUUGUGUCCAUCCAGCUCUGUCCGAUGAUUCACAAAGGAUUGAUUAUCUCAUGACACAUGUAACUGGUUGGGCCUUGACCGGGGAUCCAGAUCAAUUUAGACGAGGAGUUGCUGCUUUGAGGAACGCUAGGGACUGGGCGAAAGAGAGACGGGAGGAACUCAUAGCUGCAGCGAACAGUAAGGCGCAGAAUCCGAAUCGUGCAGGAUCAGGCUCAGCUACGGAAGGCUCUCUUUCACCAUCAUCAAACGAGCCCACCCUCCCAGAUCCUGCAAUAUCAACUGACGAGCUCGCCCUGCACACUGCCAACUGA